AUGAGGCAUUUAAUGGCACAAAGCACGGUGUAUCUUCUUGUUGGAAUUUUUCUAAUAAAUAAACAUAAUGCAUCUCAGAUCUGUAAUUUGGGAAAGGUUCAUCUAUACAACACUUCGAUAUCAUCAGAAUAUGAAUAUAGUAAGAUAGAAGGGACUCCAAGGCUCUCAGCAGAGAAAGCAUUGGAUGGGAAAUAUCACAAUCACUCACACGGAUGUGCCGGGUCAAACGUCAUGAAAGCCUUUGGUGAGGCUUGGUGGCAAGUGACCUUCAAGUCGGCUUCCAAGAUCUUUAAAAUAAACUUGGUCUUCAGGGAGCAGUAUACCCGACAUGCUGGCUACUAUGUGUUCAUCACAAAUCGGACAGUGACAUAUAGUGAACUGACCUCUUUUGACCCCGUUUACCACGACGAAGAACCUAGCCCAAGCCAACAAAUGACAAUCAUUUUUCCUGAGGGUCACGCUGGUGUACAGGUGUUUCUUUAUGUCAACAAAUCAAAUCCAUCAACGGAAAACUAUGCUGUGAUUGAGCCGUGUGAGGUGGAAAUAUAUGGAUGUGUUGAUGAACUUAAUCAUGAAUGCGCUUGCUCAAGCGCAAUUGCUGGAGAGAAACUGACCCGUUGGAAUUCGACAGUGAUUUUUGAACAUGGAUCGUUUUCACUCAGGUGUGAUAGCAAUUACCUGUCUCUGAUGAAUGUGACGGAGUUUGAAAAAUCUCAGAGCAUUUCAAUGUUAACUGAAUGUGAUGGUAAACAACAGUGUUCAUUGAAAACUGAUUCAACCAUUGAAGGGAAAUCCAUCAGUUUCUUCUGCUAUAAUAAAUGCCUCAAUAAAAACUACACCAACACUCUUCUCAAAUAUAAUUUUGCUGAGGAUAUAGGACAAUAUCCUUAUGACGUAAGAGAUCCGUUCACUGCGUUCCUUAAGUCACGUGUCUUUGAGUGUGAAGAACGACACGUCUUGACUGAUGGGAAUCUCACACUUCAGUGUAGAGAGAACAGACAGUGGUCAGGAAAAGCUCCUGUGUGCAAUGUCACUUGCCAGGAGCCUGAUCAUGAAAAUGACACUACUAUUCUUGAGUAUGGCAAGUCACCGAUGUAUUUUAAGGAUGAUAAUGUGACAUACACAUGUAAGAAAAACCAUCGUCACGUAGAUGGCAAUCUCAUAAGAGUAUGUAACGAAACUGGUGAUUGGACAGGAAAGAAACCAGUUUGUAAACGCUGUAAGUGUCCAUGUGACAGGGUAAGAUCUCAGAAUUUUAUCAGUGAUCCACAGGUUCUUAAAAUCAGAUUAGACAAACUGAAGAAAGAACUAGAAGUCCAUAAAGAAAAACUGUCUAAAACAGUGAGAGCAAAGACAUGUGCCAAGGAUGAAAGGACGUCUGUAAGGGGCAUCGGCUCUGUUCUAGGUGUUGGUAUUAUCACCUUUAUGUUGAUAACCAUUGUUUGUAGUGACUUCCCAUUGCUAUACAGACAUAUCCGGUAUGGACCUUAACUCUUGCUUACUGUUAACAGUUCUUUUAAUUCCUUCGGUAAACCCUGUUUGUUGAAUUGUUCCUAUGGUUUAAAGGCAUUAUGUUAUAUAUAAAUGCACUCAAAUGAGUACAGAAUCGGUCUAUAUUCUAUAUUUUUAAAAAAAAAUCACACAAGCAACAUUGAAUCAAAAUUUUAGUCAUAUUCCAAAUCUUAUAAAUCCAAAAUUUUUAUCGAAA